CAUCGUAGAGGGCUCCUCAGCGAUGGGCUCGCGAUAGAGCGCCUGCCAGAUGCGUGUCGAACGGCGCCCGAGCGGUGCGAAACAUGUCACUGUUGUAACGUGUUGUCGUUAGUGUGACAUGUCCCGCUUCAGCGCCGCGGUACGGUGAAGGAAGGAGGACCACUACCCACGAGUAGAGCAGCGGCCGGGCCAGUGAUGGAAGAGAAAGAACCGGGGGGAAGCGAGCCCGUGGACCUCCGGUGUGCCGAGCAGGCUGAGCUGCUCUCAUUAAUAAUAAGCGGAGAGGAGGAAGCGACGCAAGAGGAGAGUGACUUGGGAGAUGAGGACAGUCUUGCCAAUGGCCACGGUGAGGAGGAAUCAGAGGCCGGCAUGGCCACACCGGUCACAUCUCCAGGCACCAGCUACUGGAACAUCACAGACGGACCGGACCAACCGUUCCUCCUCUCCCCGGUCCCCGGGCCUUCUGGACGUAAACCCAGGGUCCAGAGGGCCUCGCGUCCGGGCCUGAGCCGGAUCCCGGGACGGGACCACCGCCGCUACUACCACGAGUACUGGCGCUGUGAGUACCUGAUGGACUUCGACCCCCAGCGACACGGGAUGAUCUGCAUGGUGUGCGGCAGCUCGCUGGCCACACUGAAGCUCAGCACCAUCAAGAGGCACAUCCGGCAGAAGCACCCCGACUCCCUGCUGUGGAGCGCCGCCGACAAGGAGGUCAUCCGCUCAGGGUGGGAGAGCCACCUGAGCCUGGGGGGAGUUCAGAGGUCGUACAGCUCUGCCGCUGCGCCGUCGCCUCAGGAGAAAGAGGAGCAGCCGGACUCGGACCAACACGCUGCCGCCGAACCCCCGGAGCCGGUGACACCUCAGGAGCAGCCACAACAGCCCCCCAGUCUGCCCCCCUGCUCCGAGGAGGGUGAAGCCCCCCAGCCCCAGGAGGAGGAGGAGGAGGAGCAGGACCUCGCGGGGCCGUCAGCCCGUACCCUGGAGCGCUACCUGAACGACUCGCUGCACGCCUGGUUCCGCCAGGAGUUCCUGAUGGAGUACGAGGCGGAGGCCGGCCGGCUGCUGUGCAUGGUGUGCGGGGGGGAGCUGCCUUCGCUUCACCUGGAUCACAUCAAGAGCCACGUGCUGGACAUCCACCCCAACUCCUUGGUCUACAGCUCCGUGGAGAAGCACUGCAUCCUGCAGGCCUGGGCUCAGGCUCACGAUCAGUCAGAAAACUCAAUCAAAUCAGAGCCCGACACCAAAGAAGGCGGGUUGGACCACUUUGCUCAGGAAGUGAAGGCCACGCAGAUCAACGCAGACUUGUACCCGGAAGGCGGCGGCACUUUAACUCAGGAUGCUUACUUGAUUGCUGAGAACGGAGGCGUCGGAGCUCCACAGCGGGGACCCGGGCCCCUCCGGCAGCCCAGGAAGAGGCGGCUGCACGAGGGCGACCCGUGGCGGCUCCGCCUCGACUACCUGGUGGCCCACGGGCCUCAGGGCCGCGGCGCCUUCUGCAUGGUGUGUUCUCAGGUCCUGCACGAGAUCAAGGUCAGCAGCUUCCGCCGCCACAUCCAGGAGUGUCAUCCCGAGACGACGACCCUGAGCCGGCAAGAAAGGGAAGCCAUGGCUGCUGCCUGGACCAAAGAUUAUUCUAGUGAAGGGACGCAAGUUCAAGAUGCAGAAAUCAAGCCGGGCGAAGCCGAUGUCCUAAAUACCACGGCAGAGACUAACGAGGACGCCUCCCCUGAUGUGACGGCGCACGGCAAAGCUGUGAAGAAGGAGGAGGGUGUGAGCGGCGGGAAGGGCAAAGCGAGGGACGACGGCGCCGCGGCCUCCCGUCACGGCCAUUACCCCGGGAAGGACCAGCGGAGGAACUACCAGGUGCGCUGGCGGAUGGAGUACCUGAUGGAUUACGACUGUCGUCGACACGGACUCAUCUGCAUGGUGUGCGGCGCCACUCUGGCCACGCUGAAGGUCAGCACCAUCAAGAGGCACGUCCAGCAGGUGCACCCCCACUCCCUGGACUACAGCCCGGAGGAGAAGGAGCAGGCACUGCUGAGCUACAACCAGGCCGCCCUGCACUUCAUCCACUCCGACGACUGCUUCUCCUCCCAGGACCACGGACACACCGAGCUGGCUCCAGCUCCAGCACACUUUGGCACUUAGAAAUACUGGAAUUUCCCCCUUAAAUCCGAAUCUGAGAGUAAGCAGGUAGCAACUAUCACAAAGGAAAUGUCACAACUGGAAAAAAUGUCAUGGUAGAAAAAAUGAAAGUCCAGCCCCCUCAUUUUGAAACUAAAGAAAACAGUUGACCUCUGAACCUAUUACAAAUCAUGAGGUCCUCAGAUGAGGUUCAUGUCCAUGGGGGGGGUCAUCCCUAUGUCUGUUCAAAUGGCUAAAUAAUGAAGGGAGAUGAGCAUAUCUAAUGCCGUUUGAAUGAUAGAAAUUCAGCCACUGUGGAGAUAUUGACAUCUCAAGUCAAGAACUUUGAUUCAAAGAGUCUAACAUCAGUACACGAUAAGCUGUAGCUGGCUAAUUCCUACAUAUUGACCCAGGGAAACAUCCGCUGAACAUUUGACCUCAGAAAAAAAGCUUCCUCUAAUGGUUCAUUGAGAGGAUAUUGAGCAGGGGAUCAUGGGAACCCAUGGACAUGGAUACACCUCCCGUCUCUGGCUAGCUAGCAUGUUAGCAGUUAACGCCAACUAGCCCUGCCAGUAGUCACUACCCAACCAAUCAAUCCAUCAAUCAAUAGUCCCUGAUACAGAAACAGGGCUUUAGAUUUUAAAGCCCCUGCAUGAGUGUCUGGGCUUUUAUUUUUUCCAACUCCAAAUUGGCAUAAUUGUAUGCAAUUUCACGACUCCAAUUUCAUAUUAUUUUUUAUUUAUUUCAGGCCCAGGAGGGGUCCUAGAAGGGAUCCAGGGCUUGUUUCUGGUCGGGGCCUGAAUCUUCCGCUCUCAGGAAGUUAGAGUCUUCGUUGAGGCCGAGGUGAAUUAGUUUUACGAUAAUGUGUCUGAAGACAACACAGCACUUCGUCCCCAAAAAAAGUACUAGACCCGAGCUUUCCUUCUGUACAGCCAAUUGAGACUGUGUUUGAUGUAAUUGCUGAAGACAAUGAAUGCCAGAGUGCAGUCCCCUUUCUCUCGUCUAUUUAAUUCCUUGUUUACAGUGGAGGAGAAGGUCACCCAUUAUAAUGAGAUAUGUUAUCUCUCUGUCAGUCUGCUUCCUUUCCAUCAUCUACAUCCUAGCUAAAACUGCACAAAAAAUCGAAAAUGUAAAUAUAUGAAAAAAUAGAAUUAUUUUUCCUUUAUACAAGCACUUUUAUGCACCCGAGUUUCUACGUGUUUGUAUUUAUGUCCAGUUUUUCUACUUCAUUCAAGAUUUCAAUGACAUUGUUCUUUAACGGCGGGACGAACGCUCGUUGGACUUUUGUUUUGAAGAGUUUGCUCCAGCUUCGGUUUUUUUCAUUCACUGUACAAAAUGUGUGCAACAGGAGACGUUGAAGAAAAGCUUUCAGCUGUCAAGAGAAAGAAACACCUGCCAUGAAAUGUCACGUCUUCACCUGGAAAAUGUAACUCAGGGAUUCUGUUCUCAUCCACAACCAUCAAUAGUCUUUAAGUCCCAUCUGAAGAUACUGGAUACUAGUGUCAGCGUUAGUUGUGGCGGCGACCGCAAAACAAAAACAAAUAAACUGAGAUUUCAGUGUAUUUUGAGAAAAAAAUAAUUCCAGAAUAAAUCUCACGAAUGUGAGAAAAAGUCAUAUUUUGAAAAGAAUCUAAUAUAAGAAAAAAUAUAUUUGGAGUCGG